AAAGGGUGCUACCACAAUAACUGCAAAGAACCAGAUGCGCAACACUGCUUAUCGAUUAAUCAGUCAUUCAGGGUGACGAUGAGCUUCCUACAAGGCUGGGUUCCUUUUCAACCACUUAAUUAUUGAUUUCUGACAAAUUCUUGACCAGGUUAUAUUUUAAUUUGCAGCCGUUCGGAUUAGACAGGCUCCCCUCAUACCCCAUACUUCGUUGAUCGACAGGGUGUGGGGAUGGUUCCUGUUAGGGACUAAGCCCUAAGCAGCCAAUGAGUCUUCAACAACACUGGCAGAUCAGGGACAUAGAUUCUUGUUCCUCUCCCCGCAUCCAUCAGUAUCUACAAUUCAUGCUACAUAUGUUUCUAGUCUGAGCCUCUGCGCCUUUCCUACCCUUUCCUCCCCUGAUGCAUCAUCAGGAUGUCGCCUGCCAAGGAGGCGGCAAGCCCGACACGGAUGACAGGAACGCGUCUUCUAAUUCGGGUCCCGAUGAAACGUCGCGUUCCAAGAGGAGGAGGUUGUCGAAAGAAGACCAACAAGAAAACGAGGGACCGGCAUGUCAAAACUGUCGCAGGAAAAAGUCGGCUUGUUCUAGGACGCAACCUUGCUCGGCUUGUACGAGAUACCAUGUCGAUUGUGUGUACGAUGAUAGGAGAAUGAAGCCGGGUCUUCGCACGGGCGCGAUCGAGUCACUCAGCCAAAGAGUGGUGGCGCUUGAGCAGAUGUUCUUGGGACAAGGACUUCUAUGGCAGCAAAUGUGGCAAACCCAACAAGCGGCGGCAACGAAUGGACGGACGGAGGAGCCAAACCCUGUAACGACCAUUAACGACGAACUUCAAGGCUCGAUUGCGCGACUCAGAGGGUCGCUUGCCGCAACGUCCAACCGAGAAUCCGGCCCAUCAUUUGAAUCAGACAACCGACGACACGGAAGGGAUCCGCCGAGGUCGCGAGAGACCCGCGACCAAGCUUUCAACAUAUCGGCCCUUGACGAGACCGUAUUGCCUCCAGAUGACCUCGUCGAUGCUCUGGUCGACAUCUACUUCGCAAACGUGCAUCCAUGGAUCCCCAUGCUUCACGUACGACAGUUCCGCGAGCGUAUGGCAAAUCCAACGGAGCGACAAACACUUUCCACCAUAUUCUACGCCAUCAUCUCGCUAUGCGUGAGAUUCUCUGAUGAUCAGAGGUUGGGAGAUGCCGAUCAAAAGACCAGGUAUGCCAAGAGAAGUCGCCAACUGGUUAUUUUGCGAAGCAUGGAGUCAUUCUCGGUCGAAAACCUCCAAGCUCUUACCAUCUGCGCCUUCGACCUAAUAGGCGGCGGAAGAGGUCCAUCGGCGUGGUCGAUAGUUGGCAGCAUGACUCGAACAGUGGUACAACUGCAACUGAGUGUUGAAGACGACGACCAAGUGCAGGGGCCAGCCAAGACACUGAUAAAACGGAUGGCCUUCCUGCCGAAAUGCAGGAACUGGUCCGAGACGGAGGAACGAAGACGAGUCUUCUGGAAUAUCUUCAUCAUGGACCGGUUCUGCAGCAUUGCCACCGGCUGGAACUUCUCCUUAACUAGCGCAGAUGUGAAAAGAAGGCUCCCUUGCGAGGGAGCACUGUGGGAAACCGGCCAGCCGCUCGAGAUGCCGACCCCCUUUUUCGGAGUCGCUGAUGAGUCGUCUCGUGCAAACCCCACGGUUCCAACAAUACGGCCCGAGGUCGACGAUCAGAGCCUGGGCGGCUUCGCUUUCAGCAUCGAAGCAACAGAAAGCUUGAGUUUGGUUACUUCCUUCUUCCUACAACAAGAUAUCCCGUCCGAUCCGCGGCAGGUUCAGGUGUGGUUGAUGCGCUUCAAACAACUCGACCUGCGUCUGAUCCAGUGGAAAAUAUUCUUGCCUGAACGAUGGCGGGAAGCGUGCGUGUUGAACUCAGAUGGCAACAUGGACCCCAACUUGACACUGGCACACAUGACCCAUAAUACGGCAGUUAUACUGCUUCACCAAGUCAUCGCUUUCCCAUUACCCGAAUGGCGGGAUGCCCGAAUCCGCUUGCCUUCGUCCUCGAGUUCUGAAACAUGCCUAGCGGCAGCAACGGAGGUCGCCAUCAUCGCGGACGCAUUCCUUCAGAGGUCUUCCUCCUUAACCAACCCUCAGUUCUCCUUCUGCCUAUUCAUUGCAGGCAGAAUGCUGCUAGCGUACAGCAGCUACAAAGGAGAGCCCCUGGCCUCUGCCUUUGACUCACUAGUUAACUCGUUGCUCGAAACAUCUCGCCGAUGGAAUGGCCUGUCCGACAUCAGUAACGAGACACCAAACCUGGCCUCGAAAUUCGCAAGUCGCCUGGUGGAAGCCCGCCAGCAAGGCCGAAACAUCCUCGACAUCAGAAAGCCGGUGUACAGUGAUGAUCAAUACCUUGAAAAUACCCCAGAGAAUAGCCUCGAUGCACUGCCAAACUUUGGGCAUAAUGCCACUGGGACACAGUACAUGAGUAUAUCGACGCCGCCAGAAACCCAGGACGCGUCGCCUGAUAGCAUAUCGAUGGCGUUCCCUCCUUUGCCGCUCGCCUUCCAGGGUCAGCCGUCCUUUACGAAUCCCUCGACGCCGACUCCGAGUCAGGUUGUACUGCCGAAUCAUUUGGCGCCAGGUACACAAAUUUCCAACAUGGGACUUGUACCAGAUCCUAUGAUUGGCGAAGCCGCUGCGAAUGGCUAUGAUAGCAUUGAUGGUUUCCUAGAUAACUCCUUCCCGCCGGACCAGCGCAUCAGUGUAUUUUCUUACAGGAAUGUAUAGUGAGCCCCUCAGUUGGAACAAGGUGGAGGGGCUUGAUUGGCAUGUGCUAGUAAAUGCAUCUGGACGGGAGGCGUUCGGAGUUAAAAAGGCCUCUAUAUAUGGGGUUUUCAUGUGCAUAGCCAAUCUAGCGCAGUUUUAAUUGCAUACCAAAAUAUGGUCUGAAAAACUACGGACAAAUAAGAUACAAAC